UCUCUAGUUUUAGUUUCGUUUGGAUGGAAACCUGCGCCCGGAAAGAAGAGCGGAAGAAAAAGUGAACAUUUUAAUCAGUUUGGUGCCGAUAAAAUGCAAAAAUUGCUCGGAAAUUGCGACAAUUUGUAGCGCAGAUUGCGGGAAUAUCGUGUAACAAGUAGUUGGAGUGCGCAUUUUUGAUUAAAUUAAAGUUGGAAGUUGUUUGGCGCCGCGAUGUGAAGAAAAAGAAACAAGCGAUUAUCAAACUCCUGUCAUCGCAGGGAGACGCAAGGAGUCAUACAAAAAAAGAAGAGUGGCAAGAAAUCGAUUCCCGCGGACGAAUGAAAGGAAGAAAAAAAAGGACUGAAUUUGCUAGAAGAACAAGAACGAGUCUGUUUUGAUUCGUAAUUUUUGACGUUUUCUGUGUAGAGGGGGAGUAAAAAGGAAAAAGGACGAAUCCCGAUCGAUUGGAAGCAAAAUACCUACGUGGGCUAAUCCGUUUUUCUCGGGAAGGAUAUCUUAGUUUGUAAUGUCCGCAUCUGGAAGCUCUUCCCCCAAUAGCAACAGCAACAACAUAUCGAGCAGCAGUGGCAACAACGGCACGGAACCAAGCUCCGAUAGGCAUAAUAGGAGUAAUUCCAGUUCCGGAAGGACUCCCCGCAAAUUGACGGCCGGUAGCAGCUCGGCGGGGAGCAACGGAACAUCCUCCUCCAGCAGCACCGGCGGAAGUUCCUGCAUUUGGUGCGGCGAGAACAAGAACCCGCUCAAAUACGUCCUCCCGACGCAGAACGGCAAGAAGGAGUUCUGUUCCGAGACCUGCAUCCUCGAGUUCCGGAAGGCGUACAGCAAAGGGGCGUGCAUCCAGUGCGAUAAUGUGAUACGGGCCAAUGCACCGAAACCAAACUAUUGCUCCACGUUCUGCAUGAAGAAGCACCAGAAAAAGGCGGCCGUCGUCGCGGUUGGCAGCGGGUCCUCCCAGUUGGCAUCUCGGUCCCAGUCCGGUGAUGCUUUCUCCACUAUUUCGGGGUCAGCGAUGGCCAACACAACGUCGUCGCCGUCCGGUACGUCGUCAUCCACACAGGUUCCCAAAAUCAAUGGGAAUAAUAACAAUAAUAACAGCAGUAGCAACAAUAACAACAAUGGACGGAAGAGCAGCGGGAAUUCCCCAGGACGAGAGCCGACCCGAAUCAGUCCGGUGACCACGACCACGACGACCGGUCCCUUCCAGUACGAAAGUUUUCACGUAUUCGACUGGACCGAGUACCUGCGUGAAUCCGGCAGCGUUCCGGCCCCGGCAGAAUGUUUCAAACAGGCGGUGGUACCGCCCACGAAUGAGUUCAAAAUUGGCAUGAAGCUGGAGGCACUAGAUCCCCGGAAUGUCACAUCAACCUGCAUAGCCACCGUGGUUGGCGUUUUGGGAUCUCGGUUACGGCUGCGACUCGACGGCAGCGACAACAAAAAUGACUUCUGGCGACUGGUGGAUUCGACCGAGAUUCACCCCAUUGGCCAUUGCGAACAGACGGGAGAGAUGCUGCAGCCUCCGCUCGGGUUCCGCAUGAAUGCCAGCAGUUGGCCGACGUUUCUGCUGAAAACGCUCAACGGAGCUCCGAUGGCACCGGCACAUAUUUUCAUGCCGGAACCACCAACGCCCAAGUGCAAUUUAUUCCAGGUUGGACAGAAGCUGGAAGCUGUCGACAAAAAGAAUCCGCAACUGAUUUGCUGUGCAACAGUAGAUGCGGUGAAAGAGGAUCAGAUCCAUGUGACGUUCGACGGCUGGCGAGGAGCUUUCGAUUACUGGUGCCGUUACGAUUCGCGGGACAUUUUCCCCGUAGGAUGGUGUGCCAAAAGCUGCCAUCCCAUGCAACCACCUGGCCAGAAAAAUAAAAUGGACGGCAGCGGAAGUCGAUCGAAAGCUUCUCGUUCUUCUUAUACCAUGAUAUCCGAACCGGAUUCUAUGACCCCAACAAGCCCAGUGACAGCGCAUUUUCAUAGUCGAUGCAAGGGUGGCCCGUUCAUCAAUAGCUCCAAGCUGCCAUCGAUGGUAACCGCUCCGAAUCACCAGACUUUGGCAAAACUUUGUCUACAAGAGGUGCUAGCCGCUUCCAAGGAUCAUUCCCAACUGUCCCCGCUACUUUUUGGCCUGGAAGGCGAAGUUCACAUUGUGACCGCAGCCGGUAAAAACUUCACGGUCAAAAUUCCGGGCAACAUUCGACAAAAAGGCAACACCGGACUUUCCGACUUUUUGGAAACGCUUUGUACUGCAUGCAGGGCAUGCAAACACCUGAUAACUUUGGAACCGGGUCCGGAACAGUGCGAUGCUUGUAUGGUGCAAUCCACGCCGCUGAAGAGGCCUAUCAAAACCGAACCAACCGUACGAUCGGCGAGUCCACCUCCGACGGCAGCAUCCUCUCCAAAGGCAGCGGCCACUACGCGAGAGUCACAGCAAGAUCAUCCACGAAGUCCUUCGCCGAAGCGUAAGGCGGUCGAACUGGAGACGGCUACCUCGACGACAAACAACGAACCCAGUUCUUCGUCGCCCCCGCCACAGACACCAGCCGCCACGCAAUCGUCGCCAUCCGCCGUCGCAACCAUCCAUCCAACGCCCUCGUCAACGGUUACAGUUCCAUCUCCAGCCCCGACAGCCCCGGUAACUCCUAAUAGCACAACGCCCAAGGUGGAUCACCAGAACCCGGUGGCUGCUGCAGUUGCAGCCGCGGCGGCUGCAAUAGCGGCUCCUUCUUCAUCGUCUACCGUGUCCGCUUCGGCGGCAUCCCCUGCCCAGGCACCGAUCCCAGUGGCCCAUUCGACCCCAACGGCAAAUAUCGCCCCGGCACCAGCAGCGACCACCAUGAUUCCAAGCAUACCGGUGCCACCGAGCACACCCCUGGCCGUUCCCCUGCAACCCCUGCCAUCGUCAUCGAUGGCCGCGCCGCUGCAGGUGCUAACCGUUGCGCCUCCCGUCGUACUACAAGCCCCUCCGAUGUUAUCCAGUGCGCAGCAGCUGAUCCCGAUGCAGAUACCAUCCACGAUGGUAUCCGUUGCAUCGUCCGGUCCGCAGAUGCCACGUGGUCAGACUAGCGACUGGACCAUCGAGGAUGUGAUACGAUUCAUUGCCGUACAGGAUCCAGCGCUGGCCGUUCAUGCCGAUCUCUUCCGGAAGCAUGAAAUCGAUGGCAAAGCAUUGCUUCUGCUCAACAGUGACAUGAUGAUGAAGUACAUGGGACUGAAGCUGGGACCUGCGCUCAAGAUUUGCAAUCUGGUCAGCCGAGUGAAGGGACGUCGCCACAAUCUGUCGUCAAUGUAAAUUUUUGUUUCCGAUGGUCCGUUGUUUUAUUUUGGAUUAUUUUUGGUCGUGGUAAGUACGCCCAUUUUAGUGCUAUAUCAUUAAUCCACUCUCGACGAUUUUGGAUGGUGGAUUUCUCAUUUGAUGCAUUUGGCUUGUUUUAUUUUGAUGACUACACACAAACACAUUUAUGUAUGGAUUCGCGAGGAAUGACUAUUGUGUGACAGAGUUGCUAGCAGUGAUCCGGAAUAUGGUCCGGUAACGAACUUCAAUCUGUAUCUAUUUAUGUUUUCUUUAGCACAUUAUACAUAAAAAUGUAACGAAUGAGCAGAUAUUGAUACAAGAGAUAAGAGGAGUAGAGUUAGAAAGUUGCAGUUGAACUAGUAUUAAGUAGGGCGAGAGGUGUGUGAAAAGGGUGACACUUUUUUCAAAGGUGAUCUUGGUCGACGGAAGAAACGUUAGAAUAACAAGAGAUGCGCUUUUUGUUUGUACGUGAUUUUGUUCCCUUUGCUAUUAUAUUAUACGAUUUUUUUUAAUGAAAUGGGGAAACAAAACCAUGUUGAGAAUAAUUUAUAUCUGUGAAUGUUUAAACAAGCAUAUUUUUUUUUUACUUUGAAAUCAGGUAUAAUUUAAGAAUUGUUAAUGGCAAAGUAGAUGCUAUUUAUUUGUUUCACAAUAAACAGUCAUUUUCUUUUAACACUGUAUAGCAAAUAGUGUACUGCUUCACAAAAAAUACACAACGAUACACACUCACUCUAUCACGGAAAAAAAUGACAUUCUAAUCAAACCAUAAAUAAAACAAAUAGUAUGCUGAAUAGAUAAAUGUACGACCUGAAGAUUUAUCUCAACACAGUUAGACUGCGGCGUAUUGUAAUUGUUAUUUUACAUGUAGAAUCUUGCGUUCGCUACAUGCGUUAUAUAUGCCAUUUUUUCACUUUCCUUGACCCUACAAUGGAUGUACUUCAUGCUUUCUCUGAGCGACGAAAAUUGACCCCUAGUGAAAGAAAUUUACGCUUCUAGGGUGCCGCAUCAAUUCGUCAUAAGAAAGAGGAAAAGUGUCUUCGUCUAAAAUACGACAAUUCCACAAUCAAACAGAAUCCGGCGAAUCAUUCAUAUUUAUAAUUUCACAGUAGCGAAGCGCGUGCUUUUACUCUCAAUAAAGGUUGGUUUUGUGUUGAUCUACUAUGCCUUAAAAUUUAUUAUAUUUAAAAUCUCUCCUCAAUCGAUCUCAUGAAAGCUUAUCAGAAAUCUAAUUUUGCAACAUCAUUCCAAUUGUGUCGGAAAGAAACAAAAAAAGUGAAAAGGUUUAACACUGUCCGCGGUAUUUUGGGUGAGGACAAAUUCUCUCUCCUGACCCUUUGUGUUUAUGCGCCAUUCAAGUGUUCGUAGUAGUUUUGAUUCCACCUUUCGAUCAACUUGCGUCUAUCCGUCAAGAUGCACCCGUCCUUAUCCAUGCAAAUUUCGCUCGCAGCACGAAGCUUUUGCGAUAUGCGUUAUGCGAUAUGCGUAAAACUACUUCCUCGUUUCUUGAAAAUGUUAAAAUCAUUAUUUUUCUUAGUACUUGACUUUUUCUGAGCAGCGCUUUUCUCUCCCAAUUUGCAGAUUUGCUCUUGGCGGGUUUGUCCGUGCUGCUUUCUUCAUCUUCAAAACCUCCUAGAACUCCUCGUCAAACUAAUCGUUUCUUGAGAUUCGUUCGACAGCGCCAUAAGUGACUGCUUUGACUGUCCUCCAUCAGUCAUCAAAAGGAAGCUUAUCGAGCUCUCCCUCAUCCUGUAACGCUGCCUCAAGAAGCUGCGCCUAUACAUUGUGGACUCCUAGGUGUUUCAUUCGCGCUUGAUUUUUCCUGAUUUGUAUCAGUACCAUACUUUUUCUUCUUGUACUUGGAAUUGUGUUCCCACUAGACAGAGCCUUCUCAGCUGAGUGUUAUAGAAGCAACAGUUCAAAACUAUCGUAGCAUGAAAUCAGCACAAGCAAGAUUUAACAUCAACAUCCUUGAUCAACACAAUACACCGCAAGUCUAACACCAUCAUGGAUAUUCUCAUCAAAUUGGUUGAAUAGGUGCAUAAGUUAUAUGAAAUUCGUAUCUCCAUGAAAGAGCAUAUAAAUAUUUCGUAUAUGUUUCACUUAAGUAUUUAUAUUAGCAACAAUAUGUAACAAAACUUGCAAUAGAAAAUAAAUCUCACUUCACUCGUAUACUUCCUUAAACAACAACAAAACACUUAUACUAAGCACCAGCCGAUUUAAAACAUACCUAUCUGAAAUCAAAAUAUUUUAAUUUGACACCCCUGUCACGUACACACAGUUAUUACUCAUUCGAUGAUUGAAGAUUGGCUCAAACUCUAAGAAAAGUCCCUGUAAUAAAAAAAAAGUCUAGCAAACGGCACUUAUGCCAGGUAGCAACAGAACAGCACCAUAGACGUUAGCAAAAUCACGCAAGAAAAAAAAACUAUCCUCCCACUAAGAUAUCACACUUCUCACGACGUACACCCGAUGAAGAUGAUAGUGAAUGCGCAGAAAUAAUUCUAGAUGUACAUACAAUAGCAACUGUAAUAAAUGAUAAAACAAAACCCUACGUAAGUCAGCAAGAAGGCGGUAAUGAAGAAUAUUGAACGACUAGGCAAAAUGAUGUAAUUCAAACACACAGUGAAUCACAAAUCACCGGAAAUAUCUCGCUCGUCUCGUCCACACUCGAAAUAGGUAAACGUACGGCGAACAGUAGUAAAUAUUGGCACAACUUUGUGGACUUUUCUAAUCCCAAAUCUAUGAGACGAAGAAUUUUUAUUUUACCUUUCCUUCAUACCGGUCUAGGUAGUGGAUGAAAAGCGAUUGCGACAAGGCAGUCGGAAUGUACAGAUGAUCUUGUGGAAAUAAUGUUGAGGAAAACACGCUAUCAAAUAGAGAUGUUUUGUGAUGAUUGUGAAUAAUGAA